GCUGUCAGAGCGCCCACUUCCUCGGGAGGUCGACGGGAUGUAUCAAAGAUGGCUCGCGGAACUGGACGUAGCUCGAACUGCGUCCCAUUCAUUUGAGCGCGGCGCCGCGGACACCAAGAAGGACCCGCGGUGACGGGAGCGAGGGCUGCGGGCCGGGAGACUCUCGCUCGCUUCGGCACGUUGGCCUGCUUUGGUUUCCGACGCGCUGCUGCGGCGUAAACAUUGGUGCCCGCUAAAAUGGCCACCCUGGAGAAGCUGUACAGGGCCUUCGACUCGCUCCGGACGCUGCAGCAGCAGCAGGGGCCGCCGUCAGCCGAGGAGCUCGCGCAGAGGCAGAAGAAAGACCUCGCUGCCACCAAAAAGGACCGUGCAACUCACUGCUUGACAAUAUGUGAGAACAUCGUGGCCCAGUCCUUGAGGACAUCCUUUGAGUUCCAGAAGUUGCUUGGGAUGGCCAUGGAAACAACGUUAGUAUGCUGCGACGACGCUGAGUCUGAUGUUAGGAUGGUGGCAGAUGAGUGCCUCAACAAAAUCAUCAAGGCACUUAUGGACUCCAGCCUUCCCCGUCUGCAGCUUGAACUGUACAAAGAGAUCAAGAAGAAUGGUGCAUCGCGAAGCCUCAGGGCCGCGCUGUGGCGAUUCGCUGAGCUCUCCCAUCUCAUUCGCCCACAGAAAUGCAGGCCCUACCUAGUGAACCUGCUGCCCUGCCUGACGCGCAUCUGUAAGCGACCGGAGGAGGCUGUUCAAGAGACGCUGGCUGCCGCCAUUCCAAAAAUCAUGGCAGCACUUGGGAAUUUUGCCAACGACAGCGAGCUCAAGGUGCUCCUGAAGGCGUUUGUGGCAAACCUGAAGUCGAGCUCCACCACGAUCCGGCGCACAGCAGCCAGCUCGGCGGUCAGUGUCUGCCAGCACUCUCGUCGGCCCCAGUAUUUCUACACCUGGCUGCUGAAUGUGCUACUCGGUCUCCUCGUGCCUGUGGACGAUGAGCACCCUAGUCCCCUCAUCCUCGGGGUACUGCUGACGCUGCGCUACUUGAUGCCCCUCCUUCAGCAGCAAGUGAAGGACACUACAAUGAAAGGCAGCUUUGGGGUGACACGCAAGGAAGCAGAUGUCUCCCCUUCGCCAGAGCAGCUGGUGCAGGUGUAUGAGUUGACACUGCACUACACGGAGCACUGUGACCACAACGUGGUGACGGCUGCCCUGGAGCUCCUACAGCAGACGCUUCGAACGCCUCCUCCUGAUUUGCUGCACGUGCUCAUCGCACCCGGGAGCAUGCUGUGCGUUUCCGUGUCCCGUGAGGAAGCAGAGAACCGCGCGCGCAGCGGCAGCAUCCUGGAGCUCAUCGCCGGAGGAGGGUCUUCAUGCAGUCCGCUUCUCCUCCGGAAACAGAAAGGCAAACUGCUCUCUGGAGAGGAAGAGGGGCUGGAGGAUGACCCAGAGACCAGGUCAGAGGUCAGCACUGGAGCCUUCACUGCCUCAGUGACCAGUGACAACGCGAGUGAUGCACCUUCGUCCUCGGGGGUCUCUACCCUGGCCUCCGUGGACAUCAUCACGGAGCAGCCGCGCUCUUCGCAACAUAGCCUGCAGCCUGGCGACUCCGUGGACCUGAGUGCCUCCUCAGAACAAGGCACGGCCGACACUCCUGAUGAGGAGGACAUGCUGAGCCACAGCUCCAGCCAGGUCAGCAGUGCAGGAGCGCCCGACGGCAACCGCCCGGCCUCCUCCCCACCCAGCGACAGCUCCCAAACCACCACGGAGGGGCCUGACUCUGCUGUUACACCCUCCGACUGCGCCGAGCUUGUAAGUGUGCUGCGGCAGGCUGGUCCACCCUCUCCGACCUUCACCGAGGGGCCCGACGCCUCCUCCAGCUCGGACUUCGGGUCGUCCAGCACUACUUCCUCUUCUUCCUCUUCUUCCAUCGCUAGUGGUAGUGACAAGGUUCUUGAUGGCAGCGAGAGCCAGUACUCUGGGAUGCAGAUUGGGACACUACAGGAUGAAGAGGAAGAGGCGACCAACCCCACCCCUGAGGAAUCCCUGGAGCCCCUCUCUCGGACUGCGCUCGUGCUGAGCAAACCUCACUUGAUGGAGGGCAAGGGGCACAGUCGGCAUUCCUCAGAUAGCAGCGUUGACAGGUUCCUGCCCAAGGAAGAGGUCAUGGAUUUGGCAGAACUGGAGAACAAGCCGUCAAGAAUAAAAGGUGACAUUGGCCACUAUACAGACCAGAAAGCAGAGCCACUAGUGCACUGCAUCCGGCUGCUGUCUGCUUCGUUCCUCCUCACUGGACAAAGUAGUGGCCUGAUCCCCGACAAGGAGGUACGGGUGAGUGUAAAGGCGUUGGCUGUGAGCUGUGUUGGUGCCGCUGCUGCCCUGCUCCCUGAGGCCUUCUUCAACAGGCUUUACUGUGAGCCCCUGGAGGGCCAGCCCCCUGAUGAGCAACAGUAUAUAACUGACAUUCUGAAGUACAUUGACCAUGGGGACCCGCAGAUCCGUGGGGCCACUGCCAUAGUCUGUGGAACUGUGAUCGCCUCUGUUCUCAACAAAACCCGCUUCAACGUGGAGCUGUGGCUUGCCAGCAUCAAAAGUUCCACAGGAAACCCCAUCUCCCUGGUGGACUUUGUGCCUUUGCUGCAGAAAACCUUGAGAGACCCAUCCUCUGUCACCUGUAAGAUGUCCUGUGCUGCUGUAAAGCAUUGCAUCAUGGCCCUAUGCUGCAGUAGCUACAGUGAGCUGGGCCUGCAGUUGAUCAUCAACCUCCUGACCCUCAGGGACUGUUCCUACUGGCUGGUCAGGACAGAGUUGCUUGACACUCUGGCUGAGAUUGAUUUCAGAUUGGUCAGUUUCCUGGAAAGAAGAACGGAGAGUUUGCACAGAGGAGACCACCACUACACAGGACUGCUGAAGUUGCAGGACCGCGUGCUGAACGAUGUCGUAAUUUACCUGCUUGGGGAUGAGGAUGCCCGAGUUCGCCAUAUGGCAGCCGCGACAGUGAGCAGGCUGGUGCCCAGGCUAUUCUACAACUGCGACCAGGGCCAGGGGGACCCGGUGGUAGCCAUUGCUAGGGACCAGAGCAGCGUGUACCUGCAGCUGCUGAUGCAUGAGACGCAACCACCCUCUCACUUCACUGUCAGCACCAUUACCAGGACAUACAGAGGGUACAGCCUCUCUCCGAGUGCCUCUGACAUCACUCUGGAGAACAACCUGUCACGCGUGAUCACAGCAGUGUCUCAUGCCCUCACUUCAUCCACCUCCAGAGCCCUCACAUUUGGUUGCUGUGAGGCCCUGUGCCUCCUGUCCUCCGCAUUCCCAGUGUGCAGCUGGAGUGUGGGCUGGCACUGUGGGUACGUCAGCUCCUCUGCCGGUCAUCUGAACCGCUCUAGUUUGUACAAGAACAGGAGCCGUUCUUUCAGCAUGUCGCAGCCAGGCACCGGAGACGAUGCAAAGAAGACCUUGACCGUUGGAAUGGCCAAUGUGAUGCUGUCAUUGCUUUCCUCUGCCUGGUUUCCCCUCGAUCUUUCAGCACACCAGGAUGCCUUGGUGCUGGUGGGCAAUCUCCUUGCAGCUGUUGUUCCCAAGUGCAUGAAAAGCCCCUGGACAGGGGAGGAAGAGUCCAGUUCAGGGAACAUCAAGCAGGAGGAGUCAUGGCCAGCACUUGCUGACCGCACCUUGGUCACCAUGGCGGAGCAGCUCUUCUCCCACCUGCUGAAAAUCCUCAACAUCUGCGCACAUGUAGUGGAUGAUGUGGCUCCUGGUCCUGCCAUUAAGGCCACACUCCCUUCACUUGCCACCACCCCAUCCUUAAGCCCCAUUAGAAGGAAAAGCAAAGAGAAGGAGCCUGUGGAGCCCAGCACGGCCCCCAUGAGUCCUAAGAAGGGCAGCGAAGGCAGUCAAGCAUCUAGACCCACGGAGAGCACAGCGACGACGACUGUCAACAAGUCCACGUCACUGGGUAGUUUCUGCCACCUGCCCCCCUACCUGAAACUGUACGAAGUGUUGAAAGCUACUCAUGCAAACUACAAGGUAACGCUCGACCUUCAUAGCACCAAUGAGAAAUUUGGCAGUUUUCUCAGGUCAGCUUUGGAUGUGUUGUCUCAGCUCUUAGAAUUGGCCACGCUACAUGACAUCGGAAAGUGUGUCGAGGAGAUCUUGGGCUACUUGAAGUCAUGUUUCUCCAGAGAACCCACCAUGGCCACCAUCUGUGUCCAGCAGCUGUUGAAGACGCUCUUCGGGACGAACCUGGCUUCCCAGUACGAUGGUUCUUCGUCCAAUCCCUGCAAGUCCCAGGGCAAGGCUCUGCGGCUGGGCUCAUCCAGCCUGAGGCCAGGCCUCUACCAUUACUGCUUCAUGGCGCCCUACACCCAUUUCACUCAGGCACUGGCCGAUGCCAGUCUGCGCAACAUGGUGCAAGCCGAACAGGAACAGGACACCUCAGGGUGGUUUGAUGUGAUGCAGAAAGUGUCCAACCAGUUGAAAUCCAGUAUCACCAAUGUUACCCGCCACCGAGGGGAUAAGAAUGCAAUCCACAACCACAUCCGUCUGUUUGAGCCGCUGGUGAUCAAGGCACUGAAACAGUAUACCACCAGCACCUCCGUUCUCCUGCAGAGGCAGGUCCUGGAUCUGCUGGCCCAGCUUGUGCAGCUGCGCGUCAACUACUGCCUGUUGGACUCAGAUCAGGUGUUCAUUGGCUUUGUUCUGAAGCAGUUUGAAUAUAUUGAAGUUGGGCAGUUCAGGGAUUCCGAGGCCAUUGUACCGAACAUCUUCUUCUUCCUGGUGCUGCUGUCAUAUGAGCGGUACCACUCCAAGCAGAUCAUCAGCAUCCCCAAGAUCAUCCAGCUGUGUGAUGGCAUCAUGGCUAGUGGCAGGAAGGCUGUCACUCACGCCAUCCCUGCACUACAGCCCAUCGUCCAUGACCUGUUUGUGUUACGAGGCUCCAAUAAGGCCGAUGCAGGCAAGGAGCUGGAGACCCAGAAGGAGGUGGUGGUCUCCAUGCUGCUUCGCCUCAUCCAGUACCACCAGGUCCUAGAGAUGUUCAUCCUGGUGCUGCAACAAUGCCACAAGGAGAACGAGGACAAGUGGAAGAGACUGUCACGCCAGAUUGCCGACAUCAUCCUGCCCAUGAUUGCCAAGCAGCAGAUGCAUUUGGACUCUCAUGAGGCACUUGGGGUUCUGAACACGCUGUUUGAGACGGUGGCCCCCUCCUCCCUGCGGCCGGUGGACAUGCUGCUGAAGAGCAUGUUUGUGACCCCAGGCACUAUGUCGUCAGUCAGCACGAUGCAGCUGUGGAUCUCAGGCAUUCUGGCAGUGCUGCGGGUGCUCAUCUCCCAGUCCACGGAAGACAUUGUGCUGUCCCGUGUGCAGGAGCUCUCUCUCUCGCCCUUUCUCCUCUCCUGCCCUGCCAUUGAGCGGCUCCGUGAUGACAGCCACCGUACAGUUCCACCUGAGGAGCUCAAUGGGGAUCCGCAGCGGCCUCCUCCGGAGGAGACUUUCGCAAGGUUCCUGCUACAGCUCGUGGGUGUGCUCCUGGAGGACAUCGCCACCAAACAGGUGAAGGUGGACAUGAGCGAGGAGCAGCACACAUUCUACUGCCAACAGCUGGGCACCCUGCUCAUGUGCCUCAUCCACAUCUUCAAGUCUGGCAUGUUCCGGCGUAUCACAGCUGCAGCCACCAAAUUGCUGAAAGCAGAGGGUGGUGACGGUAACUUCUAUACUCUGGAGAGGCUCAAUAACCUGGCGCAGAGCCUCAUCACUACCCACCCAUCCCUAGUGUUGCUCUGGUGUCAGAUCCUCCUCCUCAUCAACUAUACCAACUACGCCUGGUGGUCAGAAGUACACCAGACACCCAGGAGACACAGCCUGUCCAGUACCAAGCUGUUGAGCCCGCAUUCCUCGGGGGAUGGGGAAGAGGACAGACCAGAGUCUCGGCUCGCCGUGUGCAACAGAGAGAUCGUCCGCCGGGGAGCCCUGGUCCUCUUCUGCGACUACGUGUGCCAGAACCUGCAUGACUCGGAGCACCUGACGUGGCUCAUUGUGAACCACGUGCGGGACCUGAUCAGCCUUUCUCAUGAGCCUCCGGUGCAGGACUUCAUCAGCGCUGUGCACCGCAACUCUGCGGCCAGCGGCCUCUUCAUCCAGGCCAUCCAGUCGCGCUGUGAAAACCUGUCCACUCCCACAAUGCUGAAGAAGACUUUGCAGUGCUUGGAGGGAAUCCACCUUAGCCAGUCAGGGGCGCUACUGAUGCUCUAUGUGGACAAGCUAAUCAACACUCCGUUCCGUGUACUGGCACGCAUGGUGGACACUCUAGCCUGCCGGCGUGUGGAGAUGCUGCUGGCCGAGACUCUCCAGAACAGUAUAGCCCAACUUCCAGUGGAAGAGUUGGAUCGGAUUCAGGAGUACCUGCAGAGCAGUGGUUUAGCCCAGAGGCACCAGCGGCUCUACUCCCUACUGGACAGGUUCAGAGCCACCAUCGCAGAGGACACGAGCAGCCCCCUGCCACCCGUCACCUUGCACCCUCUCGAUGGAAAACCUCCACCUCCACCUGAGACAGUCACACCUGAUAAGGACUGGUAUAUGGCGCUGGUAAAGUCACAGUGUUGCCUGUGCUCUGACACUGCCUUGCUGGAGACAACUGAGCUGCUGACCAAACUGCCCCAGGAGGAACUGUCUUCCGUCAUGACGUGCAAGGAAUUCAACCUGAACUUUCUGUCUACAUGCCUGAGCUUGGGUGUCCAGCGUCAGCAUCACGACCAGGACGGUGUAUUGCUGGAGACCACACUAAAGCUUACCCUGGACCAUCUCUCAAGGACCAUACAGCUACUGCCCAACCCACACAGGCCAUUUUUGCCUCCAGCCAAUCCAGGUGACCCUGACUAUUGGGACAAGCUCUCCGACAUCUAUGGGGAGCCGGCUUUCUACCACACAGUGAUGAGCCUGUGCAGAGCCCUCAGUCAGUACCUGCUGGCCCUGCCCAAGCUUCCUGCUGCACAGCAGAUCCCCAGGGACCAGGAGGCCCUCAUCGUCAGGUUCACUGUGGUGAUCAUGGAGAUGGUGCUGUGGCGUCUUCUGCAGGACCGGGUUCCCCUGAGCAUAGACUUACAGGCAGCUCUGUCCUGUUGCUGCCUGGCUCUGCAACAGCAGGCGAUAUGGACCCUCCUGGCCUCGGUUCCCUAUGCCAGCCAUGCCUGCUCGCUCAUCCACUGCACACGCUUGCUCAUCGAGGCAGUGGCAGUAAAACCUGGAGAGCAGCUCCUGCAGCCAGACAGAAAGAAGGGUUCCUCUGACAGGAGUAACGAGGAGGACCAAGUGGACUCUCUGUCUGGAGAUGGUGUCUGCGUGCGGCGGGCGUGUGAGGUCAUGUCGGAGCUGGUGGAGGGUCUGCAGAGUGUGCUGGCGCCAGGUCACCCCAGGAAUGCCAGGAUCCCAGCCUUCCUCACCCCAACGUUGCGCAACAUCGUCAUUAGCCUGGCUAGGCUGCCGUUAGUCAACAGCUAUACCAAGGUGCCUCCACUGGUCUGGAAGCUAGGCUGGUCCCCCAGGCCGAGUGGAGAGUUUGGCACGUCCCUGCCAGAGAUCCCUGUGGAGUUCCUGCAGGAGAAGGAGGUCUUCAGGGAGUUCCUGUACCGCAUUAACACCCUGGGGUGGAGCAGUCGUACGCAAUUUGAGGAGACCUGGGCCACUCUGCUAGGGGUGCUGGUCACCCAGCCAAUCACUAUGGACCACGGGGAGGAGAGUCAGCAGGAGGAGGACCUGGAGAGGACCCAGAUCAACGUGCUUGCUGUGCAGGCCAUCACGUCUCUGGUGCUGAGCGCCAUGACGCUCCCGGUGGCUGGGAAUCCUGCCGUUAGCUGCCUGGAGCAGCAGCCCCGCAACAAGACCCUCAAAGUGCUGGACACACGGUUCGGGAGGAAGCUGAGUGUUAUUCGUGGCAUGGUGGAGCAGGAGAUCCAGGCCAUGGUUUCCAAGCGGGACAAUAUUGCUACACACUUCCCAUACCAAGCCUGGGACCCUGUGCCCUCCCUGAGCUCCUCCUCCACUGGGACCCUGAUCAGCCAUGAGAAACUCCUCCUGCAGAUUAACACAGAGAGGGAGAUUGGCAACAUGGAGUACAAAUUGGGACAGGUCUCCAUCCAUUCUGUGUGGCUCGGCAACAACAUCACGCCUCUGCGGGAGGAAGAAUGGGGUGACGAUGAAGAGGAUGAAACGGACGCUCCAGCCCCAACAUCACCCCCCACCUCUCCCAUCAACUCCAGGAAGCACCGGGCUGGUGUAGACAUACACUCCUGCUCCCAGUUCCUGCUGGAGCUCUACAGCCAGUGGAUCUUGCCUAGUAGCCCAAGUCACAGGAAGACCCCAGUGGUCCUGAUCAGCGAGGUGGUGCGCUCGCUGCUGGCCGUGUCUGACCUGUUCACGGAGAGGAACCAGUUUGAGAUGAUGUACAGCACGCUGAGCGAGCUGCAGAAGGUUCACCCGGCCGAAGAUGAAAUCCUCAACCAGUACCUGGUGCCCGCCAUCUGCAAAGCAGCUGCAGUACUGGGCAUGGACAAGGCCACAGCUGAGCCGGUGUGCCGCCUGCUCGAGGGAGCCCUUCGCAGCACCCACAUGCCCAGUCGCAUUGGCGCCCUGCAUGGUGUUCUCUACGUGCUUGAGUGCGACCUGCUUGAUGACACUGCCAAACAGCUCAUCCCUUUUGUCAGCGAGUACCUGCUCACCAACCUGCGUGCUGUUGCCCACUGUGUGCACCUGCAUAAUCAGCAACAUGUGUUAGUGAUAUGUGCAGCUGCAUUCUACAUGAUGGAGAACUACCCGCUGGACGUUGGGUCAGAGUUCACCGGCGGUGUAAUCCAGGCGUGUGGGGUCAUGGUGUCAGCCAGUGAGGAGGCCACGCCCUCGGUAGUGUACCACUGUGUGCUGCGUGGCCUGGAACGCCUCAUGCUCUCGGAGCAGCUCUCCCGACUGGAUGCUGAAGCGCUGGUGAAGCUGAGCGUGGACCGUGUCAACAUGCCCAGCCCCCAACGAGCCAUGGCCGCCCUGGGCCUCAUGCUCACCUGCAUGUACACAGGCAAAGAGAAAUGCAGCCCCGGCCGGACCACGGAUGCCGACCCUACGGCCCCCGAUAGCGAGUCGGUCAUCGUGGCCAUGGAACGCGUCUCUGUGCUCUUUGACCGGAUCAGGAAGGGCUUCCCGUUUGAAGCUCGCGUGGUGGCACGAGUUCUUCCCCAGUUCCUGGAUGACUUCUUCCCCCCGCAGGAUGUCAUGAACAAGGUCAUCGGGGAGUUCCUGUCCAAUCAGCAACCGUACCCACAGUUCAUGGCUUCUGUGGUCUACAAGGUGUUCCAGACGCUGCAUGCCACAGGCCAGUCGUCCAUGGUGCGUGACUGGGUGCUCCUGUCGCUGUCCAACUUCACCCAAAGGACCCCGGUGGCCAUGGCCAUGUGGAGUCUGUCUUGCUUCUUCGUCAGCGCCUCUACCAGCCCCUGGAUCUCUGCUCUCCUGCCUCAUGUCAUCAGCCGUAUGGGCAAGUCGGAGGUGGUCGACGUGAGCCUCUUCUGCCUUGUAGCCAUGGACUUCUAUAAGCAUCAGAUCGAUGAAGAGCUGGAUCGCCGGUCCUUCCAGUCCGUCUUUGAGAUGGUUGCGAUGCCUGGCAGCCCUUACCACCGGCUGCUAGGCUGCCUGCACAACAUCCAUCAAGUCACCCCCUUCUGAAGAGGCGCCUUGAUCGGGUUUGCGUUCGAAGGUGAGGGGUGGAGGGUGGGCGUCAUCGCUCUCACCCCUCCUCCAGCACCGGAAGGCAUAGUGUCCCACUGCCACUAAACUCGCAUCUCCUCCAAGAAAAAUAUUGUCUUUUAGCCCCUCACAAACAGUCUGGCUGUAAUGCUUUUCGGUUUGGCUUUGGCCCCUGCACUGACCUGUACAUAAGAGUUUUGUCAGCACUUGAAACUAAAGUACAUAUGAAUGAAAAUUAAUUGAGACUUUUCUUGAAGGGACUGCAGAAGCCAUGUCUAAGAGGACCUCCUAUAGUUAAAGGAAAGUACUUCUAUUUUUGGGUGAGCUUUCUUACAGAGAUUGAAUUGAUUACUAUAUACGAUGGGCCUGGGAAGUGCUAGAAGCCUGCUUGAUAUUGUCAGUGGUUAUCCUUGUAGUUUUUAUUUUUAUUAUCACUGUUCGGUGCUGAUGAAGAGCGGGAGAGUCCAGGGUUCAAUAUUGUUGUGAAAAUGAAUUUUCUAAAUAGCCAUAGUGAACUGACAAGGCUGAGGCUGUGUGACUGUGUGCUGCAGGGAAGUCACAGGUCGUUCUUGGCAUGUUGCAAUCAUUCCCUAUAUGCAGUGAUUCGGCAAAGUAUGUGUCUGUGAAUCUGUAAAGAGGCAAGGGAAAAGAAAAUGCUUUUUUUUUCUUGUUUGUGCUUUCUUAAUUCUCAGGAUGUAAGAAGUGAUAUACUGACUGGAAGUAUCUUUCAAUGGAAACAUGUCUAUAUCUUGUAAAGUAUGUACAAUUGUAAAACCUGUGGUGCACGAGAUCUGUGUUUAAAAAUCAAAAAAAAAAAAAAAAAAAAACACAAAGAAAUCCUGAAAC